AACAUUUAUACUUAAACACAUAUAAUAAUAUUAAUUGUAGUACUUAUUAUUUUUAAUUAUGCUACUACUAAAUCAAAAAGCAAUAUUUGUAACUAUAAAUCCGCCCGCAUUUUUCAAACUUUAACAAAACGACCACUUAUUCGCUAAAAUCUAAGAAAAUAAAUUCCUACUGCAUAGAGAAAACAUAAAUUGUAGCAAUAAAAUAGAACAUACGAGACGAUUUUGUUAUAAAUUAGGAAUUGCAUACUUGAUGAACAGCAAAAGAUAUUUUGUCAUGUAAACAUAAAAUAUAAAAUUUACAAAACAAAUGGACAAUUUAUAUUUAUAUUACUAAUGUGUGAUACGAAAAAAGAAAUAUGUACGAAAAUAUAUUUGAAAUUGAUGAGAUUUAACACCUCAUUUCCAUUCUAAACCUGUCAUUUAUUUUGUAAUGAUGCACAUAUACAUUGCAUCCUUCAUCUUUUUCUUCUUUUUCUAAAUUUCUAUGUAUUUGUAAUCGAUUGGUACAAUGAAGAAGAAUAUUGUAACAUUUGUGAUAUAUUUUCUUUGCCAAUUACACAUGUUUUCUAAUAAAAAAAUAUCAGCUAAAUGCAAAUCAGUGUUUAAACUUGUGUUUAAAUCUACUUUUUCAUCUUGAUAGUAUUGAUUAAGAAGGUUAAAUAACCUAAUUGAUUUAUCACAAAAUAUUUUUUAAUAUGCCAAAUGUAUGGACCGAGGAUGAUACCGAGAAAUUAAUAGCACUUUAUGGACAAUAUCAAUGUUUGUGGAAUCCAUUCCAUCCCGAGUUCAAUAACAAAUCAUUACGUUACGAAGCGUAUAAGAAGAUAAAAAAUUUCAUUAAUAUUCCUGGAUUAACAAUAUGUGAUUGUAUUAAUAGGAUUGUGAAUGUAAAAAAAGAAUACUGUUAUGAACUAUCAAAAAUCGCUGCAGCUAUAUCUUACGAAAAAUUAUAUGUGCCAAAAGUGAAAUGGUUUAAAAGAAUGCAUAUGCUUUUCUUCCCAUACAUGCCAUUAUCUCAUAAUAAUUUUAGAAAGGUAUGCAACAAAAAUAAUAACAAUCAUCAAAAAUCUAAUGAUAGCGAGAUUCGAGAUAAAUUUUUGCAUUUAUCUUUUGAGAAAUCAGAGGGCGAACAAAUUUGUUCAAAUAAUACCUGUGGAACAUGUGAACUUCAAGAAAUUGAAUUGUGUUUAAAAUUAAGAGAUACUGUUCAUUCUGCUCAGAAAUUGCAAGAUACUUUCCCUUCUGCAACUCCAAUCCAAACGGUUGACGUAGCGACAGGAACGAGUAAUAGUACCGUAGAACAAGAAACGCAAACGGAUUUGCUCCAUGAACGACAAUACAUCGCAGGCAACAAUGAAGGAAAACAGGAUCGUUCUACACGUACAGAUAUUCCUAUAGAAGUGUAUGGCAGAAAAAAAAUUGAAGAUAACUUUGAUAUAUUUGGGAAAAGCAUAGCAUUUCAAUUACGAACUAUUGAUAUUCAGACUGCUGUGGAAUUGGAAAAGAAAAUACAAAAUUUGGUAACAAAAGCGCGAUUAAAAAUUUUAGAAUCUAAAUUAAUGGAUGAGAGUAAUAACUCAAUCUGCUGUUGCGAUUGUAACGACUGUGAAGUAAUGUGUAAAGAUGAAAUUUGUAACUGUGGUCUAACAUUAAAGGAAUGUUUAUUAUUUGCUAAAAUUAAAGAGAGCAAGAAUUAUAAUAGAUUUUGCUACAAGUAAUAGACGAGAAUAGAACAAGUAUCUUGG